AUGCCCGCCUUUUCAUUCUCGUCCAUGUUCCAGGAACAAGGCCCUAGGAAACGCCUAACCAAGCAGCCCAAACCAACCUCCACACCAAAAAAGAACUCCCACCCCUCCUCUCCGAACACCUCCACUCCCGCACCACCACCACCAUCCGCCAACACCCCUUCUUCCACCACAACCGCCACCACUCCACACUCAACGCCAGCAACCGCGCCCACCCCCGUCCUCACCCCCAACUCCUCCUCCUCCAACAACAACGACGACGAAAACAACAGCAAAAACCCCCACCCCAUCCCAACCCACCGCCAACCACGCUCCCCCACCCCUCCCACCACCACCACGGCGACGCCCACCGGCGACCGCUGGGCCUGGGCCUACCUCGACCCGCCCGACCCGCGCUUCCCGUCGCGCCCGCCCAUCCCGCCGCUGGCCGACUGGGCCGAAUGGGCGGCGCAAGAUGCCGAAGAGUUCGAGGAGCUGCGCAGGGGCUGGAACAACAAUAACAGCAGCAGCGGCGACGACGGCAACAGAGUCGUCCUGCAGCGGCACCAGGCGCAGGAGGUGCAGCAGGCGCCGCAUCAGCAUCAACAACAGCAGACGACGACGCGGGAGGAGCGGCGGGAGCGGAAGAGGGCGCGGAUGGCGCGGCGGGAAGAGGAGAUGGAGGCGUGGUGGAGGUGGUAUGAGAGGGAGAAUAGGGCGAUGGAGGAGCAGAGGGGUGACAGGGCGUUGGAGGAGGAGGAGCAAAACGAGAUCGAAGCGGAGAGAGCGAAGUUGGAGGAAGAGCGGGUGAGGCUGGAGGAGGAGAAGAAGAAGAAGAAGAAGAAAGGGAGGAAGGUGGUGGAGUGGGAGGAAGAGGCGCGGGUUCGGGAGGUGGAGCGCCAUGAGCAGUAUCCGCGUCAGGAACGAAGCUAUGUGGAGCAGUGGCUUGGUGAGCAGCAGGGACGCAACCCUCAGUCACAACUACAGGAUGGUCGGUCCUUGUUACGGCAACACCAACCGACUAUCAAUAGGCAUGUGCAGUUUGCGGAGCUGCCGCGCAAGGAAGACAGUUUCCACAGCAGGAAUGACUGA